UUCUAGUUUUUCUAAUCUCUACAAAUAAAAACAGAAAUUCUUUGUAGGGUAUUAGCGUUUUCUUUGUCUGACAUAACGUCAGUUAAAGUAAAGAUUGACAACGAUAAUUGGAAAAGUUGUAACCAUAAAACAGGACCUUUAUAUGUAACUGAGUGGAAUCCUAGCUUAUAUAAUCAGGGUAUUCACUACAUAGAGGUAUUUGUUCAAGAUUCUAUGGGACGCGAACAGAUAUAUUCUCAACCAUUUUCUUUAGAUGGGAGCCGACUGUCCUUUCAAAUUCUCCCUAGAAUUGCUUUAAUGACUAGCGCAAGCAUGGUGUUUAAAAUCUCUUUUGUGAUUUUCCUUGGAUUUGUAACACUUCCCCUAAUUGUGAUGAGGUAUAUGAACCGACUAGUAUUAGCUGGAAAAAUGAGUAAACCUAUAAUAAGACGUGGCUGUCUGCAAAUAUGGAUUAGAAAAUUGUGGAUAUUGUCCACAGUUGACCGAUUAUUUUAUCCUCUUAUUUGCUAUUGCAUUUAUCUGCCAGUUGGUCCGUGGUCAGUUGGGUAUCUAGUCGAAGAUCAUUUAGGGGCCAUAUUUGCAUGGGGAAUUUUAGUGAAUGGUAACUUCUUACCAGGAUCGUUUACUUAUGCAUAUGGUUUUGUUCAGCUAGCUACAUUCCAGUUUCCACUAAUACUUAUAUUAGCCAAUGGUGUUGAUAACAGGUUGCGCAAUUUAAUAUUAAGGCCUGGAAAAACCAAAACAAUCUGGGAUUUGAUAGGGUUGCAUUUGCCCUUUGUUAUGCUAUUGAGCAUUCAACUUCUGAUGGCGUAUUUCUUUCUAUUAGCCUAUGGUUACUUGGCAUUCUUUUUGGGACCAUUGAGAACAUGGUCAAUAGUGUUAGCGCUGGUUUUGUGGUGCCAGACUUUACAACUACCAGAAAAGUGCACAAGGGAUGCAGCUAACGUGUGGUUUACUACAGCCGAAUCUGAGUUGAGUCAAACAAGCUUAAACGAUUAUACCGAACCAGCUUCUUAAACGGUAGAAUCUAUACAUAUUUUUUAGUAAAAUGUAGAUUUGUAUUAUUUCUCUUGUAUAAUAUUUUUAUUGUUUUAUUGUUUCUCUUGUAUAAUUGUGUUUACAAGUUCUUUACGUGCCUUUUAGGAAAUGGAAACUACGACUAAUAACUCGAAUUUAUAUUUUAGUCUAACUGAAAUUUACUCGUUUACUUUUUAGACUAUUAAGAACUAAAGUGCAUUUUAAAAUCUGAAAGUUUUGUGUCUUAUAUUAUUGAAACUAUAAAAGAUCAUCAUUUAUAAUACAUUUUGUAAAUUUAAAUGCAAAACACUUCAGUAUAUUUAAUGCACGGUUCUCAGGUACGAGGACUAAAAAAAAUAUAAAACUAUUAAAUUUGGCUACAGAUUUAAGUACGAAAUGCACUUUAGCAAGCCAAAGAACUUUAUACAAAAAUCCGUAGUACUGAAUAAUUUAAGGUGGAGUACUACAAGUUUCUUAGCCCCCUGAUAUUAUAAUUUUUGUUUGAGGUGGAAACACAAAGACUGCAUUUAUUAUCUAAAUCGCAAUAUAUAAAGGUCUCAACAUUUCAGGUUUCAACUGAUCACUACCGUGCCAAAAUCUUUAAAACAACUUACGUUUUUUCAAUUUAAUUUUCAUAAAAUGAAAAGUUGAAUGUUCAUUCUACAGGGUUAUUUAUUUGUAAAAGACUGAAAUGGAAAUGUAUUCCACUUUAAAUUUAGAGAAAAGAACAGUAUUUUGACUUAAUAAUAAUACUCUCAUUGCCAGUAUCCUAAUCAACACUUUUGCAGUGUACUUUUGCAAUAUGCAAUGCAAAAGCUGAAGGAGCAUUCCUACUUGUUGAUAUUUUUACAAGCGGAUAUAUUGACCCAUUAUGCUUUGGUUAAUAGUUUCAUAAUCAUUUUGUUGGGUAAUAAAAAAUCGUUUGUUUAUUUAUUAAUAAUUUAAAAAUUGUUAUUUUCGAAAAUUUAUGGCUAUAAUUAUUUAUUAUGGAGUUUAUAUUAAGAUUAAAAGCCCAGGAAAUUACUUCUCGCUAAAAAAUAUCGACAAUUAUCUCAUGAUUGCCGAUUAUAUUCCUGCUAAUAUAUUAAUUAUAAAACUGAUUUUUAAUAUUUCUAGCUUGAUAAAGUAAAACACUGACUUACUGCUUUUUCAAGCAUAAGUAAAAGAUGUCCUAAAUAGUUUUAUCCUAAAGUAAGACAUUCCAUCAGUAUUAAAGGUACAGGUUAUGGCACCGUCGUAGAAAGGGAUGGGGAAAGGAACGAAAGAGGUGGAAAUGGUCAUCUGCAACACUAAAAAAGUGUUUGUAGGUGGAAGCGGAGACGGUGGAAGUGAAAAAUCGAAAAGAAACUGACGUAACCUAAGCUAAUCUGAUGUACAAAAGUUUUUGUAGUAAUUUUCAUCUUUAUUUGUAAGAAUUUUUACUGAGUAUCUACGUAUGUUAGAUUGGGUUAGAUUAAAUUACGUUAGUUUCUUUUCCAAUAUUCAAUUUUUCAUCUCCAUCCCUCCUCGCUCCACUUACAAUCACUUUUUAGUAUUGUAGGUCAUCCUGAUCCCUUUCACCCUUUUACCAUCCUCCAGUUAACGCGACACUCACAUCAUCUGCACAUUUACUGGAUUAAAAAAUAAAUUACGAAGAAAGGUACCUACUUAAACAUAAAAAUGAUUAAUGAGUAAACAUAUAAACUAUUGGACUAUUAACGCUCAAAAGUUACAAACAAACUUGGUAAGAGUAAUUCCGUUGUGGUGUCACUAUCAUAUUUGAUAACAAAACUUUUCAUGUUAGUAAUUCUGACUCAGUUGUUAUAAAACGUACUCUUCAUGUUUUAACGAAAUACAGCUAGCACUAAAUGUAGAAAAAACUACUGAUUCACCUACAUGACUAAUUUUGUAGCCUGUUACAACAAAUGAGCAAAUUUUGUGGUCUCCUAGAUAUGAAUGAUCAUAAUCUUUUAACUUUUCAUACAUAAACGCCUUCGUACAUCAAUUAAAAACAAUAGAUAAACUUAUAUUAAUUAGUACUGUAUUUUGUUGAAUAGCAAUCUCUACUACGCUUAAAACACCUUUUUGCUAGGGUCAAAGAGGAACUUUACAAUUGGUAACAUUCUGUCUAAUUGAGAUGUAUUAAAAUUACUCAAAACUGAUUUUAUAACAUUUAAUAUAUAGAAUGUAUAGAACUUCCUUGGGCUCUAAAGUAAAGAAUUGUAGAAUAUAAACCAAAGAU